UAUAAGCAACGUGGAGAUACACCACGCGCAUACUGGCGGACCCAUUGCGGAAGAGUACGGAGACUGCAAGUCGCGUCAAGGAGCGUCAGAAGACCAAGAGCACGCGGGGUUGAUCAACUCGACUACAAGCUCCUAAGUAUUAGACGUCCUAGGCAACGCCGCCAUGGCCACGCCAAUGGAGAACGCAGAGAUGGAGCACUAUGGCGUCCGGUUUGCUUCUCAGAACCAGGAGAUACCAGCGGAGCAGAGUCUGCACAGCGUCGAGACGCUCACAGGGCAUGAUGGGCACAACAGGGACGAUUUGAACCCGGAGGCACAGAAGGAACUCCAGCAACUGCGGACCACAUUGCAAAACAAUAUUCAGUCAGCACGGAUGCAGCAUCAUGCUUUCGAGCCGGUAUCUUUACCGGGCUCGCAGCCUGUUUCACGUGUGCCGUCUGGGACCACCACGCCUAGUCGAAGGCAUCUGCCUGCUGGCUCGGGUCAUGGCUCGCCGAGGGAAACCCCGCCGACGUCGACGUUUCAUUCGCCGCCUCUAACACCCGCCGCAACGCAAUCGAGAGAUGGCAAGCAUUCGAUACUCAUGAGCCAACAGUUUCGGACUGGGCCUUCAGAUGUCAUGACGCCUCAGCGGUCCGCUUCGCCGCAGAGAGAUGCCAAACCAUCCAGCCAGACAGCAGCGUCAGUGGAAGCUGCUGGGGGUGUGCCAGCUCAUCCGAGACAGGCGCCGCGGUUCUCGAUAGGCCCAUCCGGCGACUCCGAGCCUCCUUCACAUGAAGAGAGCCCAUCUGGCACCCCACGCAGCACUACACCCGGUACUCCAAGGCACUCCGUGACCAGCGAUCCACAAUCGAUGAACAAGAGGCACUCAAGUACUGGUGCAGCAAGCAGCCACAGAUUUGGAGACCGAGAUCCUUCUGUAGGCUAUGCCAAUUCCGGUCAGUCCAACGUCUCCUUGCCCACUACCGCAACUCUGCCACGUUCAAGUGCCAGCGGCGCAAGUUUGCAGCCAUCGGACAAUAAGCGCUCGGGUCUUUUCGGCGGCAGCAAGAGGCACGACGACAGUUCAUCUACCGUGGAUAGGGACACACACAGCUCGAAGUCGAAUCUCAAACGCUUCUUUAAAGGUUUCGGCGACCACAAGCACAAGGACAAACACGCCUCCGGCGCCUCGAACGGGGCGGCCGCAGAACCCACGAAUGGUCAUAGCCAAACAGGCAUGGGCGCAAUGCAGCAGCCCAGCAUACCGUUUGCAGAUGAUCACGGAUUAAUCUCCAAAUACGGCAAGUUCGGGAAGAUGCUUGGCUCUGGCGCAGGCGGUUCUGUACGACUGAUGAAGCGGACCGGUGACGGCACUGUCUUUGCGGUCAAGCAGUUCAGGGAUCGGCAUGCGUACGAAAGCGAGAAGGAAUAUAACAAGAAAGUCACGGCUGAGUUUUGUAUUGGAUCAACACUACAUCACGGCAACAUCAUCGAAACAAUCGACAUUAUUCACGAGAAGGGCAAAUGGUACGAAGUCAUGGAGUAUGCACCUUACGAUCUUUUUGCGACUGUCAUGACCGGCAAGAUGGGGAGAGAAGAGGUCACAUGUGCCACUUUGCAGAUAUUGAGCGGUGUGCUUUACCUGCACAGUAUGGGAUUAGCACACAGAGACUUGAAGCUGGACAAUGUUGUGAUCAACGAGCAUGGAAUUAUGAAGCUUAUUGACUUUGGAAGCGCGGUCGUGUUCAGGUAUCCUUUCGAGAACGAGGUCGUUCUUGCUACAGGUGUUGUUGGAUCGGAUCCUUAUCUUGCUCCGGAAGUGUACGACCACUCUCGCUACGACCCUCGACCAGCGGACAUUUGGUCGAUUGCUAUCAUCUUCUGCUGCAUGACGCUGAAACGCUUCCCCUGGAAGGCGCCAAGGUUAACCGACAACUCGUACAGACUAUUUGUUGCGCAGCCAGAUCCCGAUCAGGACAGAAUACUUGACGCGCACAGACGCGCUUCAUCGAUCGUCGAAGAGAGCAGCCGGAAACGACAGGCCGUGUCUGAACCGGCGUCUCGAAAUGCUAGCGUAGACGAGUCUGCUGACACCGCCCAUCAUCAAGCCGAAGGACCGAACACUGCACCCGUCAGCCGGCAAAGCACGCAAAGUGAUCCGGCCCAACAGCCGGUCAUCAAGGGUCCGGUGCGUUUGCUUCGACUGCUGCCACGUGAGACUAGGCACAUCAUUGGCCGCAUGUUGGAGCUCGACCCUGCCAAGCGAGCGGACAUGGACGAGAUAUUGCGGGAUCCGUGGGUACAGAACAGUCUGGUGUGCAGACAGGAGGAGAACGGAGUCAUCUUCAAGGCGCCGAAUCACACGCAUACGCUGCAACCGAGCAAUGCGGCGGCGACGACGAAGUAGGCUCUUGGUCUAGCUCGGUGGCGAAGCAAAGGGGAGUCGACG